AUGAGUGCAAUCCAUACAGUGUUCAUUAUUCUUGCAGUAAUUGGAAGCGCUUGUACGGAUUUCAUGUUCAUUAUGCUUAUCGUGAAUGUUCCCGUUCUUUCGAACAUUUUCAACGAAAAUUUAAGUGAACUCAACGAAAUGUUGAGAGAAGAAGAUAUGAACAUGUUGUUCGUUAAAGCUAAAUUAAGAAACAUUUUGCUGAUGCACCGCGAAUUUUGCGAUGUGAUUGAUGUUUUGGAUGUGGCAUUCUUCAAUAUUUGCUUUGUUCAAAUUUCUUCAGCUGCAAUUUCUGCCGCCAUUGAACUGUUCAUUUGUUUGAAGAUUCAAUUCUUUCCUGCCAUUGGUCUGGCUGUUAGUCUCCUCGGUCAAAUUGUUGGCUUCUCAGCUGUUGGAACUGUCGUCGAAAUAUGCAACUCUCAAGUGUAUGAUAGUAUCAUUGAAGGAGACUGGUUUUCAUUAUCACGCAGCGAUCAACAAGUAUAUAUGUUUUUAAUGAAAAAUGCUCAAACAUCAAAGGCCCUAACAGUUAGAAGCAUUGCCCCACUUAAUAUGCAAACAUGUGUAGCGAUUUUGAAAACAAUCUACUCUUAUCUUAUGAUUUUGUACACCUUUUUUUAGAUGAAACAUUGAAA